GCAUCUCUCACCCCUCACCAUCGCUUCCCCCUCCCUCCCCUCUCCCCUUGCACUGCACCGCGGUGCCUUUGCUUUGCACGCCCCUUGCACGGCAGCUCACACUUACCAGCACGGCCGAGGCCUGUUGGGUAGUGGAGCAGCCAGGCGCGCUGCUGGCGUACUGGUGGCCGUGUGCCCGUCCUUGCUGUGCAGCUGUUCCUUCCCUCCUAACAACGUCACUGCUGCCGGCCCCAAUCCCCGCCCGCCGUGGCUUUGGGGUCAGAGCUGCGCUCCCACCCUCCCCAUCCCAGCCCCGUGAUUUUGGAUGAGCACAGUGUGGGGUGACCCGAUGCCGCCCGUCCCUGCCAGGGCUUGGGGAUGGUGGUAGGAAACCCCAGAGGUGUGUGAGGCUGUGGGGUUGCUGGGGGACCACAGGGAUAAUGUUUCAGCUGCAGAAAUUUCAUUGCUGCCACUCUCCAGGAUAACACCAGGGUGCCCCACUCCCCGCUCCUUCUGCCGGACAUCUCCGCCUGCAGCACUCAGCCCCCUCCUGCACAGAGCAGGCAGCACCCAUCCCUGAUGCCCUCUGCCAAAGCCAAGGGAGGCUUUUCCCCCUUUUCUGCUAAGGGGAAGGUGCUGAGCAAGCUGCGAGAUGCUGAGCUGGAUGCUGCAGGCAUACGUGAGGCAGGAGUUGGGUGCUGCAGGGAGAGCUGCUCGGUCCCCCUGCAAACACAGAGCAAAGACCUUGCAGCAAAGCCAUGGGUGGAGUUGCAGGCUGAGCAUCUGCACGGUGCUCCCUUUCUGCAGCCCCCAUUGCACCAAGGUGAGCCCCUGCUCCCCGCCAGCACGUUUCCCCAACCAGCACAGGGUACAGUGAUGUCCCUGCUGUGACAGCAGCACAAGGAAACUGGGCCACUUUGAGAUGCAUGGUGCUGACACCUAAACCCUUGGCAUCACGCAGGCUCUAACACUGACCCCAGGUGGGCUGUGACAUGGCCCAUGGCCAGCAUGGGAUUGGGCUGUCCCACAGGGAACCACAGACACCCUAUUGUCGGGAGCCACUCAUACUGCUCUCCCCUGCCCUGUUGUUCCCCCCCAGGGCAAUGUUCCCUAGGGAAGGCGUUGGUGGCUGGAGACCUCACUCGUGAGGCUGCGUGGGUGACAAAUGUGGCUUUGUUCAGUCUGUGCUGUGCUGCAGGACGAUGGCCCCGCUCUCCUCCUGGUGCCACGCUGUGCUCAGUGCCCCAGAGGUGCUCAGGGGGUGCACUGGGGAUGUGGGGCUUAGAGCAUGCCUCUGUGCUUUGUGUGCUCUGUGUAAUUCCUUGCUUUAUCCCCUCCCUACUGAUGUCCCCUUCCAAUGGAGAUGUCACUGCCUGAGUGCACCCCCCAAAUCUGGAUGGGUGCUGCUGUUGCAGCAACCAUGAAAAGGGAGAGGGAGAGAAGAGCUUCCCCCUUCCACCUGCCCCAGCAGCUUUGAAACAAUGGAAACCCCUCACUGAUGUCCCUGAGCCCAUUAGCAUUGUGUGCUCGUGUGUACGGUUUGGAAGGCAUUAUGGGAAAAAUAUUUCUGCAUAGAUUUCCCAUUGUACUGCAAGAGCGGUGGUCAGCGGAGGGCAGGGGCGGUGGGCAGAGGGAGGAUCAGGGUGUUCCCAAAGGGAUUUAAGCCCAAGGGGUGAGCACAGAUGCUGCUGGGGCUGUCUGAGGCUCACUUUGCAGCUGGAGAAGUUUUCCUAAAGGAUUGCCAGGGUGAGUAGUUGGUCUUACCAGGAAGAUGUUUUAGAUUUUGAUAACCUUCUGAUUAAAACAAAAUGAUCAGGGAAAAGUGGUCUGAGUGGGACUGAUGGUGUGCAAUGGGGAAAUGCAGCUGGGGGUGGGGUGGGAAGGCAGGCUGGGUGUCUGACUGAGCUCCUGGACCCUUGAAGAGCAGAUUAUGGGACCAAACUCCAUGCUGCACAGUGCAGCACCACGGGAAUGUGAAGGCAUGCGGUGCCCCUCGCUGUGGUCCUGGGAGCUCCCAGGGGAAGGCAUGCAGAUCCCAGCACCACCCAGAGCACCAAUGUCCACCAGUGUGGGAUUGCUGCAAGGCUGACAUCCUUUUUGGUGACAUUGGCGACCACGGUCCCCUGCCUGAGAUGCGUUAUUGUGUGUUUAUGGUGCAGUGGGAACAUCCCUGUGGCAGCCAGUGGUCCCCCCCGGUGCCCUCUGAGGCCAUCCCCCAAUGCAGCAUCCUCACACUAUCUCUUUGCUCUCCUGCAGAUGCCGUGUUGGGGCCGCCUGCUUUCCACCUGGAUGCUGCUCUUCCGCAGGAAGACCCCGGGCGGCUCGGUGCCCUCCAGCCUCCGCCGCUGCCUUUCCCCCUCUGACCUGGUUGCACUGGGAGUGGGCAGCACGCUGGGAGCUGGUGUCUACGUGCUGGUGGGGGACGUGGCCAAGACCACCUCCGGCCCCAGUAUCAUUAUUUCUUUCCUGAUUGCAGCCAUUGUGUCCAUUUUAUCUGGGUUGUGCUAUGCCGAAUUCGGGGCGCGCGUGCCCAUGGCCGGCUCUGCUUAUCUCUACUGCUAUGUGACAGUGGGCGAGCUGUGGGCGUUCAUUGCUGGGUGGAAUCUGCUGCUGUCCUAUGUCAUCGGUACCGCCAGCGUUGCUCGAGCCUGGAGUGCUACCUUUGAUGAACUCCUUGGCAAGAGGAUGGGGAGGUUUUUGGAUGCCCAUGCCUCCAUCAACUCCGCAGGGCUGGCGGAGCAUCCCGAUGUCCUUGCUGCAUGCCUGGUGGUGCUGCUAGCAGGGCUGCUUUCCUUUGGAGUGAAGGAGUCCACCACAAUCAACAAAGCUUUCACUGCCCUCAAUGUACUCAUCCUGCUCUUCAUCACAGCCAGUGGCUUCAUCAAAGGCGACCUGAGCAACUGGCAGCUGCGGGAGGAGGACCUGCCCUGGGCAGCCCAUGGGGCCGGGAACCAAUCCAUGUCUGACAACAAAACUGGUGUCUUUGGGGUGGGAGGCUUCAUGCCGUAUGGUUUCACUGGCAUCUUGGCUGGAGCUGCCACCUGUUUCUAUGCUUUUGUUGGGUUUGACUGCAUUGCUACCACAGGGGAAGAAGUGAGGGACCCACAGAGAUCCAUCCCCAUGGGCAUCAUCCUUUCCCUCCUCGUCUGCUUCCUGGCAUACUUUGGAGUAUCUGCUGCCCUCACCUUGAUGAUGCCCUACCACCUCCUGGACACCACCAGCCCCUUCCCAGUGGCUUUUGACUAUGUUGGCUGGGGCACUGCAAAGCACGCUGUGGCUGUAGGGUCCUUGUGUGCCCUCAUCACCAGCCUCCUGGGCUCCAUGUUCCCCAUGCCAAGGAUUCUGUAUGCCAUGGCUCGAGAUGGGCUCCUCUUCAGUCCUCUGGCCAAAGUCAGUCACCGUCAGUGCCCGGUGGUGGCCACGCUGGUGUCUGGAGCAGUGGCAGCUCUCCUGGCUCUCCUCCUUGACCUGAAGGCUCUGGUGGACACCAUGUCCCUUGGCACACUGCUGUCCUACUCACUGGUGGCUGGCUGCGUGCUUCUGCUCAGGUACCGCCCUGAGCCCUGCACCCAGGAUGUUCCUGUGAGGAAGGUCCCGGUGGCACAGUCCUGGUGGCAGGCUGUGCUGCGGCCACCCCCCCAUCCCACCCCGCAUUCCUACACCGUGGUGUCCUGGGCUCUGCUGGCCAUCGCCGCGCUGCUCGGUGCCGUCAGUGGGCUUAGCGGUGCCGCGCUGCCCUGCCUGCAUGCCUAUGGGGCCGGCUGCGGGGCUGCCCUGGUUCUGCUGCUGCUGGGAAUCCUGGUGGCCGCUCUGCUCGUCCGGAGGCAGCCCCAGAGCCGGGAGAGAGCAUCUUUCAUGGUUCCCUGCCUGCCCUUCCUGCCACUGCUCAGCAUCACUGCCAACAGCUGCCUGAUGGCACAGCUCAGUGCGGCCGCAUGGCUGCGGUACCUGCUUUGGAUGGCCCUUGGUUUCUUCAUUUACUUUGGCUAUGGGAUCUGGCACAGUGCUGAGAACCACCAGCCCCGGGAGCUGCAGGAGGACAGCGCUGGGGAUGCAGUGCCCAUGUGCCUGGGGAGGGCUGGAAGGGACGGCCUGGUCCCCAGCACCUGGCUUCAUCCACCCUGUGCACAGGGAGCUGCUGUCCUUGAGCAGCCCCAACCCUCAAGGCAAGCCCCUGCCAAAGGAGCUUUGUUCAGAGAGGAUAAAGCAGUCAAGCUUUUUUGCUGGUUUUGUUAUUUUUCUGCCACCCCACCAGACCCCAAAAACACUGACACUGGGUUCUCGAGGCUGCUGCUUCUCAUCAACUUGUCAUUGUUACAGCCAGUAGCACGUUGGCCUAGUGCACAACUCACACACACACACAAACACACGCACAGACACCCACACCCCGACUACACAGCCCCAAGGAGGGGACAGACUGAUGACAACCUCUGGAGUGGUGACUGUUCCACCACGCUCAUGUGUGCCCAGGGGAAAGUGCUGUGUGCAUCCAGCCCAUACCUGUGUCCAUCUAUGUGCGGUGGCCCCACGGCCCUGUUGGAGUCCCCUGGCUUGGAGCAGGGGGAUGUGACCUGCUGGCAUCCUGUGGAAGGAUGCUCUGCUCCCAGGUGUGCAUCUCUACCCAGCACUGGGAGAGAAGAUGAGGCUGGUGGUGCCGGCUGA